AGCGGAGCGGUGGGAGCUGGUCCGGGGGCGAGGCCGGGCUGGGCGCUGCGGCGUGGUCCGCGCACUGGAGCUCGGGUCGGGCGCUGAACCGAGCCUGCGAAAUAGCAGCGGCCGCGGGGCUUUUCCUUCGCCCGGAGCGCGGGGACGCGGUCUGCUCUGGCUGGAGGUAAAAGAACUGGACAAGCAUGUCGCUGGCUUCCUGGUUCAGGUGGAAUGAGCCACCGAGCCGGAUUUCCCAAAGGAGCCCCACAGAGAUGGUGGUGGAGACACUAAUGAUGGAACUAGGCUGGCAGAUCAAGCAGGCAGAGAAACAGCAACGAGAGAGAGAGAAUGAGUAUCGCAAGAUAAAGACGGGCGUGGACUACGGCUGGCUGGUUAGCUACCCAAAGCCUAAGCACAGCUAUGACAUCAGCCCAGGGGAGCGGCUGCAGCUGGAGGACAUGUGCACCAAAAUACAUCCCUCCUACUGUGGGCCAGUCCUACUCAGAUUCCGGCAACUUAUUGCUGAAUACGAGCCAGAGGUACAAGAAGUAGCCCGGCUCUUCCGCUCUGUCCUGCAGGAAGCCACUGAGAAAAUCAAAGAGGAAGACGAGGCAAAGAAGCUUGCGAGGCAGUGGAACACAAAACACAAAACCAGCCUGUCUCUAAUGACAUUUAAAUCCCGGACCAGGAUUUCCCCAUUCAGCAGCAACAUCAAGACCAUUUCAGAGGACGUGGAGCGAGGCACUGAGCCAACCAGAAGAGUAUGGAGUAUGCCGGAGUUUAGGAGUGCCAAGGAUUACUGACUCUAUUAAUAACCAGAAUGAGAUUUGAGAGAGAGCUGGUUUGGUUUUUAGAACGAGUUAACCAUUAUCUAGCCAUGUGUUAUUUCACUUGCAUCCCAGUUCUCUCUCUUUCUGUCCGCCUCUGUCUGGCUCUCUCUUGGGAGCUGUGGCUAUAGUGACAGAUGGUGAUGCACAUAGUCUCUGUCACCUAGCAUGUUAGCUUUGGCUAUAAUUUAGUGGUUUACAAUAACUUGAUGGUCAAUGGUCAUUUCUUAUUUCAGUUUUAUUGUUUCUGCUCAUUGGAGAACAGUUUGGUGCAUGGUGCAUUACCACCACCCUCCCAGCCUUCUACCUGGCUGUCUGCAAACGCAGUGCACUCAACCACGUGAGACUUGUAGCCCCAUUGUGUUAAAUGGGAUUCCUCAUGUGAACAUGCAGCAGUGAGGCUUGCAGGAUCUGACCCACCAAAUCAGGGUCCCUGAUUGAGCUAUUUGAGACAGACAUUAAAUUCUAUUCAUGUAUGUGCUAUAGAGAAGCCUCUUAACUCAACACUGAUUCCAGCGUAUUUCCACUCAGUGUGAUUGUAAAAUAAUCUGUCUCUUCAUGCAAAAUCGAUGACAAACUUCCUAGAAUGAGGGUCACAUUUUCAAUAGCAGCCGAUUUUUGCAUAGAAUUGUGGAUGCUCAGUUUUAUGCAUGCAGACUUUUUUGCAUGUGCAGGUCAGUCAGAUGUCGAACUACCAGCUUUGCAGACACAUGCUGUCUGCAUGCACAAACAUGGACUCCGGCACAUGUAGAUACUGCACGCAUACAAGGCUGUGUGUGCACAUUUGAGGCUCCAUUAAAAUCCCCCGAGUCCCUCUUAAUUUUCAUUUUUGUUGCAAGGAGAGAUUAGGUUAUAAACCCAAGUAUUAAAACCCAACUGGAUCAAAACUGUCUCAUAUUGAGAUACCCAGGCAAUUCCAGUAAGUGCUACAGCUCAUAUUCCAUUUAAUAAGUAGAUGCAUUGAAAUGACUGGCAAGGUUGAGUCUGAAAGCAGAUUACUGGAGUAUAUAACUAGGGGGCGGGAAAUCAGUAUUCACAUAUAAGGAUUUUUCUAUGUCCCAGAGUGUUAGAGGUCAUUCCAACAAAUUGCUGACGUGAUUUAUUUCCGCUGUAGGGAGAGAAUGUAGGUUCGUUUCAUAAUCUUUUUGUCCUGGAUAUUAAGAAGAGAGCUUUUCUGGAUAUAACGGGUUGAUGGCCAAUGAGGCAAUAAAUCUUUUCAAGGGGGAAAAAAAAUCUCAGACUAUAGCAAAAGAGAGGUUCUGAAAUUGGCCUUUUGAAGAUGCAGGAAAAUGCCAAUGGAGAUUUCUGAGUGGGCCCAACCUGCCAUCCUUUGGGAGAACUCCUAAUGGGAGGACUGGCUCUGCUGUCUGAAAAGUCUCUGAUGCUGCAUCGGUGCUAACGCUUAACAUCUAGGGGCUCUUCAGCCAGUGGGAAAACUCCUAGGGAAGGACAUAAGGGAAAGAGGCUCCCUGCAAGCUUUGCCUAGGGCAGUUUGACCCAGAUCAGCAUGAUGGAAGGCGGGUUUGCCCCACUCCCAGAACCUGCUCAGCACCAGAUAUUGGCUGGAGGUGAAGCUUAUUCACACAAGGGCCCUGUGUCGCUGGACUCUCCGUUUGCCCUCCAGCCCACUCCCUGGCAGUGGGGUUUCCCACACUGGCACAUGGCCCCAGAACUCCUUCUCUGGGGUGGGCAGCACCCUAUGGGUACGCUGGAGAAGGUAAUGCAGUCUCAAGCUAUGUUCACUCAGGUAGCUUUACCAUGACCCAUGACAACGCUCAUGCCCUUUGCUCAAUCUCUCCCUGUACAAACACAUACAGAACCACGGACUGCCUCCUGAGGACCCCCCUGGAGCACAGGGCAGGGAGGAAAACUGCCUCAGAAGCAGGAUGGUUAGUGGAGUGGCCCUGUGUGCAGUGGCCCUUCCAUGGAUGAGUCCUGCGGAAACAAUCCACCCAUUAGCCUAUUAGAAGGGCUACACCGAGCUAUUGAGCAAUUUUGGCUUACAUUUACCAUUGGCAAAAACAGGCCCAGCUUCAGCCAGGUCCAUAGGGUCAUGGCUGCAUGCAGCAAGGGCACGUUUGGCCCUUUAGUCAAGCUUUAAAAGGAACAAUUGAAGCAGAAACCUGAAUUUUUCUUAGGGAAUAAUUUGUACUGAGAUAACGUUAGUAGCAGAAUAGCUUGUUUUAUU